AUGUCUGACAGCAACAAAGAUACCGGGGGCAACGCAGGCUCCCAUCCGGGAUCUGUACAAGAUCAUGGAAAUGGCGGCACUUGCGGGGGUACCGCCGGUCCACACAAUAGCCAUAUCGUCAAUAAGGUUGAUUCCAGAUUAGAUUCAGAUCAGGAUCGCCAGACCGUGUCUUCAAGUACUGCUUAUAUGCCUCAAGCUGGGAAACCUGCUGGAAUCCAUGACCCCAAGGCAGACAAGCCUGACCAGAGGGUAGACUCGGAUUCCGAUGCCCGUCGCCGUGAGGACGUGGCUGGCAGCAGUCGAUUCUACCCACAAGCCGGAAAACCGGCAGGUAACUCGUCGCUUUAA